AUGAAGGUGAACCAGAGGGUGAAUAAGAGGGCGCACCAGAAGGUGAACCAGAGGGCGCACCAGAAGGUGAACCAGAGGGUGAACCAGAGGGUGCGCCCCCUUUUCCUCCCUUCCCUCCCUUUCCUCCCUUACCGCCCUUUGCUGGUUUUCCUCCAGGGGAUCCACCGGAGGGUGAACCAGAAGGUGAACCAGAGGAUGAACCCGACGGUGAGCCGGAGGGUGGACCGGAGGGUGAAGCAGAAGGUGAACCAGAGGGUGAACCAGAGGGCGAACCAUAGGGCGAACCAGAGGGUGAACCAGAGGGCGAACCAGAGGGUGCGCCCCCUUUUCCUCCAUUCGCUCCCUUUCCUCCCUUGCCGCCCUUUGCAGGUUUCCCGCCAGAGGGUGCCCCGGAGGGUGAACCAGAAGGUGAACCAGAAGGCGAACCAGAGGGUGAACCGGAGGGUGAACCGGAGGGUGCGCCUCCUGUUCCUCCCUUCCCACCCUUGCCUCCCUUUCCGGGCUUCCCGCCAGAGGGUGCGCCGGAGGGUGCGCCAGAGGGUGCGCCAGAGGGUGCGCCAGAGGGUGCGCCAGAGGGUGCGCCGGAGGGUGCGCCAGAGGGUGCGCCGGAGGGUGCGCCGGAGGGUGCGCCGGAGGGUGCGCCAGAGGGCGCGCCUCCUUUCCCCCCCUUCCCUCCCUUCACUCCAUUCCCACCCUUACCAUCCUUUCCGCUCUUUCCGCCCGGAGCUUUCUGUGGUGCGCUGGAUGGCGCGCCGUUUCCGCCCGCAGGAGUGCCCUGCUGCUCCCCGCCCGCGGGGGAACCCUGCUGCUCUCCGGUUCCCGGGGAGCCCUGAUGCGUUCCGUCGCCCUGGACGGAUUCCGUCGGCGCGGUGA